AUGGAGCUCUUAGAUAAUGAAGAGCAGGAAUGGCAGGAAGAAGCUUCAACUAACCAGCAUGGAAGCAAGGAGGAAUCUUGCAAAGAAGAAUUGGAUAGGGCCAUUCAAAUGGCUGAAUGCAUAUAUGAUCUAGACGAGCCAGACGACCUGCCCGAGAGCCCGGAGUUGGUCGAAUUUUUGUGUGCAGAACCGGAUAAGCCACCACCAAAAGUCCAGGAUCCUCUGGAAUUUAUUGAUCUAGGCACAGAGGAGGAUCCGAGACCAAUACAGAUCAGUGGUUUAUUAGGGGUUGAUGAUCGGGCAAAGAUUAUUUGUCUUUUGCAAGAAUUCAAAGAUUGUUUUGCUUGGCAUUAUACCGAGAUGCCAGGGUUAGAUCCAACCUUGAGAGGUGUGGAAGUGGACAAGAACAAAUCUCGGGCAAUAAUGGAGUCACCUUCACCCACUAAUAAAGUACAACUCCAAAGGCUCCUAGGCAAAAUCAACUUUUUGAGGAGAUUCAUUGCCAAUUUAACGGGCAAGAUCCAGCCGCUGACUCCUCUACUAAGAUUGAAAGAUAAAGAGAAUUUCGAGUGGGGGCCGCCCCACCAACAGGCCUUUGACAGCAUCAAGGCCUAUUUAACUUCGCCACCAGUGCUGGUGCCACCUCAAAGGGGAAAGCCUUUAAAGCUAUAUAUUUCUGCUUCGGAAAGAUCAAUCGGGAGUUUGUUAGCCCAAAAUAAUGAAGGCGGGAAAGAGCAGGCCAUAUAUUACCUCAUCAGAAUUCUGACCAAGGUAGAGACAAGAUAUUCUCCAGUAGAGAGAUUAUGUUUGGCUCUAUAUUUUACUGCCAGUAAGCUAAGGCAUUAUAUGUUGCCCUGUCACGUGCACAUCAUCGCCAAAACAAAUGUGAUCAAGUACAUGUUGUCAAAGCCAAUGCUAACAGGAAGAAUUGGGAAGUGGAUUCUAGCACUAUCAGAAUUCAGUUUUCAAUAUGUACCCCAAAGGGCAGUCAAAGGCCAGGCAAUUGCUGACUUCCUGACUGAGCAUCAAGAAUCUCAAAGUGAGGUAAUCAAUGUCCCGGGGAGCUUGGAGGUUACUAGCGUUUGGAUCCCACCAAGAGAAGAUGUUUCAGGCAAAGAAGAUUGGGUCCAACAAGAGAUAAGAAGAGUAACGGGUCUCUGGAUCACUCCUUGGAAGCUGUAUUUCGAUGGAUUCCACACUCAGAGGGCUGCAGGGGCUGGGAUUGUGAUUGUAAAUCCUCAGGGGGUUUAUCAUUAUUACUCAUUUCUUCUAGAUUACCAAGAAAAUACUAAUAAUCGGGCAGAAUAUGAGGCCCUGAUUAUUGGUCUGGAAAUCCUGAUGGAUUUGGGGGCAGCAGAAGUAGAGAUCUUUGGUGAUUCAGAGUUAGUAAUAAACCAGCUGAAUGGUGAGUUCAAGUGCAGACAUAUCACUAUGGCGGGGUAUUACAUGACAGCAACGCAAUUAUUGAGUUUCUAG